AGCAGAUGAGCACUCCCUUGGUGGUGUUCUCUGCAAUUCAGGCUAUGGUCGCACAACAGGGCAUGUGGACGGAUGCCAGUGUGCUUGUGUUUGAUCCUCUCAGGUACUUCCAGAUGGGGCUGCUCGGCCAGCUGGCUGCCUACAUUUGGUACUUGUGUGGGCUGGAUGCAGAUCUCAUAAAGAGUCUGGGCAUCUGGAGCAGUGCUGUGAAUAUGGAUGUUAACGCCAUGGUUGCAUCAUAAUACGUGUUUGUUGGUGGGGAGAAUGACGUGCACUAUCGCGCAUGCAGAAAACUACUCAGCUGUCGCAGGAGCACAUAAUUUGCAUGGAGG